AUGCGUGCCGUAUCGCUGCUGAGCCUCAUGGCUGGGUUGGCAAGCUCUAGGGCGCUGAAAUACACUGUCCCCAUGGCGCUCAGUGCCGCAGACUGCACCUUUCCAGCCCUCUACGAAGUCGCCGACUUCACUAUACACACAGGUGUAGACAAUAGCACCGCAAGCACCAUCUCGUUUCGUUUCGCCGACGUGGAUACCGGUAUCGACACGCGCUGCGAACGAAACUCAACCUCAAAGCCUAACAUCCCUGGUUCGAACCGAUGGCCCUGUGACCAUCCAGAUGUCGCGUUUAUCUACCAGACGACCGGGAUCGCCGGCUUAACCAUGAUCGAGGCGGCAUGCCCUGGAAGCGUCCCCCAGUUUGAAGCCUCCGGUCUCGUCAGGCCAGAGCUAGCUUGCACGAAUUCCACCAUGGGAUCGACGUGUGUGGCGAGGCAAUCCCCCAUCGACGGAGAUUUCGACAGCCUGCAACCCGCUCCUCGACCGCCGCCCGCUCGCCCUCCCUACCCGACACGGCUUCCUUCUCCUCACGCCGCCACCUCAAUUGGAGCGGUUUGCGCCUGUGCCCUUCCUCUACUCCUCCCCUUCCUACGUGUCGCUACUGUCUUCGCAUCGGGGCAGCUGCCACGGAAUCGCCAGCAUCCCCUCGGGCCGCACGAAGGUGCCUCGACUCCAGGCCACAUCUCGCCCGACCUAUUCGACUCGCUCGAGCGCUUAUCCCGUCUCGUGGAUAUAACCUACUGUGUUGGCACCACUGGGAUCGCCCCGCCGUUUUCCUGCGCGUCGCGAUGUAAAGACUUCCCGACGCUAGACCUCGUUACAACAUGGAAUACCGGGGUCCUGAUGAGCGACAGCUGCGGAUACAUCGCCGUUGAUCACGGCACGGUGCUAGAACCUAAGCCAAGUGCUACUACACCUACCACUACCACCACUACCACGGACGGGAUCGCCGGCGAGGAGAAUGUCGCGGGCGGCCAAAGCCGUGCGGCAAUUAUCGUCGCAUUUCGCGGCACAUACAGCAUUACCAAUACCGUCGUCGACUUAAGUACUAUCCCUCAGGAAUAUGUGCCGUAUCCUCCUCCAGACGACGGCUCUCCUGGAGAGCCGGAACACAGGUGCUAUAAUUGCACGGCGCACAUGGGCUUCUUGGCGUCGUGGAAAAUAGCGAGAGACGUCGUGCUACCGGCGCUCAAGCCGCUGCGCGAGCAGUAUCCCGACUAUCCGGUUCACCUCGUCGGCCACAGCCUAGGCGGUGCCGUAGCUGCCCUCGCAGCCUUGGAGCUGCGAAUCGGUCUAGGUUGGGGCAACUUGACCGUAACCACUUUCGGGGAGCCGCGGGUUGGCAACGAUGGGUUUGUCAAGUACCUCGAUUCCGUCUUCGAGCUGGGGGGCGUAGAAAAGCGAACCGAAAAACAAACUUAUCGGCGCGUGACGCAUGUAGAUGACCCUAUCCCUCUGCUCCCUCUCUCGGAGUGGGGAUACAGGUCUCACGCCGGCGAGUUCUUCAUUACCAAAUCCACUCUCCCUCCCGAGCCAUCGGACAUCCGGCCGUGUAUAGGGGACACCGACCCGGAAUGUAUUGCGAGUUCGGCAGGCGAAUAUAUUAGAGACCUGAGGCAGCUCAUUGGCGAGAAGGAGGUGGAGGAGAAUAGCGACGAAGAUGUAGAUGUACGGACCCGAGGGGUCUGGGACAUCCCGACUCGGUUCAAAUUGUGGCAGCUAUUCUUCGCCCACCGAGACUACUUCUGGCGGCUGGGCUUAUGUGUGCCGGGCGGUGACCCAAUCGACUGGGGUAGGGGCAGGUAUCCCGAUCUUACGACCCCCUCGAGUGACGAGUUAUGA